AUGCCACAACAAUCACAACCACAACAACAAGCACCACAAACACAAAUCAGUUCACCUCAACCAAUUCUUGAUACAAUUUAUAAAUUACUCUCUGAACAAGAGCAAACACUUGUACAAAUGAUUCAUGAACAAUCAAUUUUAUUAAAUAGACUCCCACCAAAUUUAGAUGAAAACUCAUUAGUACUUUUAAGACAAAUUUCUCAAAAACAAAUUACCUUAUCAAGUCAAAUGAACACUGAAAUGUCAGCUCUUGAUGCUACAAAGAAAGGUAUGAUCCUUGAACCAACUGAUUUGGCUAAACUUUUUGCUUUAAAACAAGAUUUACAAAUCCAAUUCAAACAAUUAAGUCUAUUACAUAAUGAAAUUCAAGCAAUUCUUAAUCCACAACAUAGCUCACCAAAACCAAAUGUUGCAUUAGUAUUAAAAUCACAACCAUUCCCAAUUGUAAUUAGCAAAGGAAAACAAUUGGGCGAAAAUCAAUUAGUUGUUUUAAUUUUAACUGGUGCUAGAUCCAACUUCCAUAUUAAUGGUCCAGUCAAAGCAACCAUGAUUUGUGAUUCACAUCCAACCAACAAAAAUAAUCCAACAACUCCAUUAGAAAUGGACUCACAACCAAUAUAUCCAGCCACAUUAACUGCCCAUUUCCCAUUAAAAUUCCUUGCUGGUACAAGAAAAUGCUCUGUAAAUUUGAAAUUUGGUGUCAAUAUUCGUGAUUUAGAUAAUGUUACCACUACAGUUGAAAGCGACGCUUCAAAUCCAUUUGUAGUUAUUACCAAUGAGUGCCAAUGGGAAGGCUCAGCUGGUGUACUCUUAAAGAAAGAUGCUUUUGAUGGUCAAUUAGAAAUCACAUGGGCUCAAUUUAUUAACACUCUUCAAAGACAUUUCCUUAUUGCAACCAAACAAGAUCCAGUACGUCCAAAAAGACCUCUCUCUUCAUUCGACUUGAAAUAUAUUCAAACCCAUUUCUUUGGUAAUCGUUCAAUUAUUCAUCAACAAGAUUUUGAUAAAUUCUGGGUAUGGUUUGGUAAAUCAAUGCAAACCUUAAGAUAUCAAAGACAUAUUUCAACUUUAUGGCAAGAAGGUAUUAUUUAUGGUUAUAUGGGUAGACAAGAGGUUAAUGAUGCACUUCAAGGUCAAGAUCCAGGUACAUUUAUUAUUAGAUUCAGUGAAAGAAACCCUGGUCAAUUUGGUAUUGCCUAUAUUGGUAUUGAAUUACCCCCACGUAUUAAACAUUAUUUAGUACAACCAAAUGAUACUGCCGCAGCAAAGAAAACUUUCCCAGACUUUUUAUCAGAACAUUCACAAUUUGUUAAUUUACUUCAAUGGACCAAAGAUGCCAAUGGUAAUCCAAGAUUCCUCAAACUUCAUAAAGAUACAGCCUUAGGUUCAUUUGCACCAAAGAAAUCUCAACCACCACCUAUUGGUGGUUAUGAACCAUUAUCCUCAUAAGAAAAAUGAAGAAAUAAUUAAGUGGAUAAAAUAAUUUUAUUCACUUUUAAAAAUUCAACAUUUUUAUAUAUUAUAUACAAUAUUUUUUAAAACUCAACACACAUGAUCACAAUUUACCAUCACACCCCCCAUCAAAACAACAAAUAAUAAUUUAGUAAAUAUUCAAUCAGUACAUAUAUAAUCGAUUUGUAAAACUUUUUUUUGUUUAUAUGUUUAAAAAAAAAAAAACCUUAAAAAAAAAAUAAAUAAAUUAAUAAUUAAUUAUAUAAUUUAAUUUGAAAUC